AUGGUGAGAGAACAGCUCAACGAUCUCCUCCACAAACUCUAUUACAACGCCAGAACUGGUUAUGUUGGAGCUCAAGCGUUGUAUCAGAAGGCCCGAGAGCUAGACUCAAAAAUAACAUUGAAGGAUGUAAAGGAUUGGUAUACUACUCAGUCAGAUAUUCAACGGUUUCAAGAGCAGAAGAAAAGCUUUGAUGGGUUCAAGAUUGCAUCCCACAACCCCAACUCAUGGCAAAUAGAUCUUGCGUUCUGGGGGAAACAACCGAUUAUGACAUGCAUCAAUAUCAACUCCCGCAUCGGGUAUGCGAAGUUAUUGGUGAAUAAGACUGCACCUACUGUUUUAACAGCUCUCAAGGCGUUUGUUCGACUUCACAAAGUUGAUAUAAUAACGAGCGAUAACGGCAGUGAGUUUAUAAAUUCACAAGCUGAAGAGUUUUUUAAGACCAAAACAAUUGAGCAUUUCAACAACGAGCCAGGUGAUCAUGGAACUAUGGGCAAAAUCGAAAGGUUCAACAGAACUAUCAAGCAAAGACUCAUCAAGAUGGAUUUUAAGAGAAUUACCCAUAAGUUAAUCAGCGAUGUUAUUAGCAACUACAACAGCACUGUUCAUCGAUCCAUUGGAAUGACGCCAAAUGAAGCUAAAGGUCAAGUGAUGGAAGCAGAUCUGACCCAUAAUCAAGGUGAGGCAGAUAGGAUUGAGAAUGAGUUCAGUAUUGGCUUACAUGUUUUAUAUCGACUCAAGAAGAAGACGUUCGAAAAGGAGGCUGCACGUUGGAGCAAGGCUGUAUAUUCUGUGGUAGGGAUUGAUGGCUACCGCGUACAAAUUCGCUCGAAAAAUGGACAUACUCUAUACAAAGCCCCAAAUGACCUGAAAGUGAUUAUAUCUGAAACAAGUGAUGCUACAAUUAAUCCAGGGGAUAUCCUUGAAGCAGAGAAGAUCUUAGACCACAAGAAAAUGCGAUCCGGUAAGCACAAAUAUCUAAUCAAGUGGGUUGGGCACGAUGAUACCACAUGGGAGCCAUUCUCAAAUCUUCGCCUAAUAAAUAAAAAUAGGAGAUCAACUCUUGAAAAUGAGUAUUGGACCCGCAUAAAAAAACUGAGACAUAAUUAG